UUAUAAUUUAAGCAAUUUCUCAAGAAAUAACAAAUUGUACAUCAAUCUGUUUUUUUAAAAUUACAGCUUUAGAAAUAAAGUUGUUUGAUGGUUCCUCACCUUUUCUUCAUUCCUUUCUUAUAAAUAUGAAACUAUGCACUUUGAUAAUUCAUUAAGAUUUAUCAAUAAUGCAAAUGCACAGGAAUCUCUCCAACUCUUUUACUCUUCUUAUCUUACUAUUCUUCCUCUUAAGUACUAAAUCAGUUUUUGGAAAGAAACCAAGUUGGGAGGUGAUAUUUGGAAUAACAUUAGGAGUAGAACUGGAGAUUGACAUGCAAUCAUCAAAUAUAAAUGAAAUUGCUGGGGCUGUAAAUGAAAUGGUGAGUGCUGCAGAUACAAAAACAGAUGCUGUUCAUCAACCAAAUCAAAUUAAAGAUGUGUUUAAUGCUCCGAUCCUUGCAAGAUUACCAAAAGGUUUGAGUCCAAAAUUCACAUUGGGAUUUGAAAUCACACUUGUAAAACAACUGGAUCUUUUGACGCCAUCACCAAAUAUCAGUGCUGUUGCAGAGGAGUUCAAAGAACUUGUUAGGGAAGCUGCUGCUGCUGUUGUUGCAGGCCAACAAGAGAUAAAAUUGAAUGAAGCCUUAUAAUAUACUUCGUUGUAUAAUAUCUCAUAAUUCCAGAAAAAAAUUCCAUUUGAAUAAAUAUAGAAUUUUUUUGUCAUAUACAGCUUCGUAAUUAGCAUCAACAACUUCUGUACCAUCUUCUUGUUACAAUUUCUCAUUUACAUUCAUGGGUGUUGGUGCUACCUUGCAAUUGUGCAUGCCAAAUUGGAAUAGAUGAUCACGAGAAUACUUCCUUUGAGACAAGAACACCCUAUCAUCAACUUACUUCACCUCUAAACUAAGGAAAUACUUCAUUCUUCCCAUUUUUAACAUUUCAAACUCACGUUGCAUACAACUCUUAAGUUCUGCAACUGUUGUAAAAUGUUACUUUAUUUAUUAAAUAAACUAUAAAAUAAAGUUGCAAAUUUGUAGAAGGAAACAAAUUACAUAUGACAAUCAAGAACCAUGUUUAUAUACACCACCGAGAACUCCGAGAAGCGGAUCUUCAAUCCCCAACAAAGUAACAAGAUUUUGUUUGAACUUGAUAUUAAUUGUAGGCGAGAUGCUCUUUCCUAAAACAUCAUUUCCUCUCUACUACGGUGCUUGGGAAUAAAUCGGAAAUAUGUUUUGAGAUACAAAAAAUUACACUAAAUUCCUAGCACACGGAAUCUUGAACGUUGUAAAGAAAACUUAAAUGGAAGAAGAUACGGAAAAUUACAAUCGAGGAUUGCAAGUUCUCUAUGUAAAGUGCUCGAGAAGAAAAGAAAUCAAAAA